GGACAUUUCCGAAAAGAGCCGAACCCGUUGCAUUCUGGGAAAAGGAAGACUGGAGGCGGUCGCCAUAUUGUUUGAUUCCGCAGAUUCACUGGAGUAGAAAACAGCAACAUUUCUGAUUAAACGAGCUUAUAUUAAACAAUUACACAGGUAGCCGUCACAUAAUAUUAUAUGAGGUCGCUGCAGACCGUGCUGCAUUCAUAAGACCCUCUUUAGCGGUUUCAGUCGGAUUUAUUCGUGCAGAAUAUGGGUCGCUCCCGGAGUCGCAGCACGUCCCGUUCCAAACACUCAAAACACAGCUGCAAACGGAGCCGCUCCAGAUCCAAAUCCAGCAAGAAAAGGAGCAUGUCAAAGGAACUGAAGAGGAGCAGAAGGUCCCGCUCGAGGUCAGACAGCAGGAGGGACAGAGGUGGCCCACCCCCCGACCGAACCGACAUGUUCGGCCGGACACUGAGCAAGAGAAACACCGACGAGAAACAGAAGAGAGAAGAGGAGGAGAGGAGAGCAGAAAUAGAGAGACAGAGGAAGAUCCGUCAACAGGAGAUCGAGGAGCGUCUGAUUGAGGAGGAGACGGCGAGGCGCGUGGAGGAGCUUGUAGCACGGCGUGUAGAGGAGGAGCUUGAGAAGCGGCGUGAUGAGAUCGAGCAUGAGGUGUUACGGCGGGUAGAGGAGGCCAAGCGCAUCAUGGAGGCACAGCUUUUGCAGGAGCUAGAGAGGCAGAGGCAGGCUGAACUGAACGCCCAGAAAGCCAGAGAGGUAACACUCGGUCGUUCGGAACGCAGCGGAGCUGAGCCGCACACCCGCAGCCGUGGCACAACCUGGCACUCGUUUCUCCACGAGAUACAUCAAGAGACGCAGGCUAGCUCGAUUGGUCGGGUGGGGAAUAAAAUUAAUUACAAAAUGCGACUUUUUCAAGGUGUGAUGUGAUGCUUGGAGCAGUUCUUUUGAGCUGCUGUCUGGGGAACGCUAAUAUUUAAGGACAUUGGGUGAUUGAGUCCGCGUUUACUCUGUUGACUGACAAGCUCUGCACUUUUUCUGUAAUUCUUCAAUUUUAUUGAGUCACACACUUCUAGUGCACUCUUGGGGGUUUCAAGUCAACGUUUUGCCAUGGCUGUGAUGGACCAAUAUUAUGUUUCUCAUCUUUUCUCUCCCCUUUUAUUUUCCACCCCUACCCUGCUCUCUUUACUACUCAUAUCUUUUAGCGUUUUACUGUCACCAAUGUAUGAAACUGUUUGUCUUCAAUAAAACGCUUUUCUUAAAAAAGGUCACUCAGCAUUCAAACCAGGCCUGUUUUUGUGUAUGAGCUUUCAGUGUGAACAUCCACCAUUAUACACUUUGAUAGGUCAAGAAGACGUAAUUCUGUUUUGGAUGUUACAAACACAUAAGACCUUUUGUAGCCACUAGACCGCACUUAAACUUGUUAAUUUGCUAAAUCCAUAGCUUGUAAUUCCACCCAUACCAAAAGGAGGGUUACUGUGCUGUAAUUGUAAAGACGCAAUGAGUUAUGAACGAGAAACUAAUUCCAUUCCACAAGCGCACACAAAAUUCAGCGGCUCAGCACUAAUAGGGUUAGAUAUGUGCCCUCCUCCUGUACAUUUUAGAUUUGUGCCCAUCAUCUGUAGCCCUGGUACUGAACCAUUAAAUGAAUCCGUAUUGUUGUAGAUUUAUGUAGGAUGAUUUUGUCUUCAUUUGCACCAUCAAUCACAAAACGCUCUACCCUUCCCUUUAUUGCUCAUCCAUUUCUGUCAUAUAUGUUUUAUAUUUAUUAAUUGCUGAUUAAUUUUUUUCUUAGAUUUCUAACUUUUUUUUUUUCUUUGACCCUUCCAUUUUGACGUCGUUAAAAGUGCAGUGUUUAAAUGUACUUCUGUGUCCUCACGAUUUGCUUUUCCUCAGGAGUGCUGCCGUACGGGUACACACACACACACACACAUACACGCAAAAACACACAGACACACACUACUACAUCCACACUCAACGCUACUGUACCAUUGAGCUUAGACGCCAACACAUCACUGUUUUUGUUUUCAAACAAACACUUCUAAUGAAUGAUCCCACCUUUGUGUUUUUGCAGUCUUUAACAUCGUUUAACGUUAAUAGCCUGACGUCCCCACACGGUAAUGUUGUAUGAUUAACAUAAUUCAUUUUCCUGGACUGUGCUAUAUAUACUGCAUGUGGUGUUGCUGUGUAAGAGCACUAGCUCGUGCUAGCAGCUCAAAAAUUUUUAAAGGGGAGGUGCUGCGCUGUCCAGGACGGGACACACGGGACCAGGCAGUAAAUACUCACCCCUUUAAUCAGCAGUUGUGUAGGUACAGUACACAGUCAAAGGAGAAAGGCGUAGGUAUACGAGCAUUGGUGAGCCACUACUAUUCACUCUCUCCUUUGUUUAAGUUAAUCUUUCUUUGUCUCUCUCAUUUUCUUUUGAAACUUUUUGCUUAUGGAUGCUGAUCAAGUAUAAAGAGAGAGAGAGAGAGAGAACGAGCUAAAUGAUUAUUAUUAUUUUUUUCCUUUUUCCAUCUGCAAACGAAUGAGAUUCUUCGUUAGUUGUCGAUGUGUUGUCUAUACAUACCUGUUCUGAAUGGAUGUAAAUGAAUGCGUAAAUGGAUGUUUGGAUGAUUAUAUUUACAUAUAACGUGGCGGGGAUUAAAGGUGUGACUGAAUACAUCCGUGGGUGGGUUUUUGUGCUCAUUGUUGCAUACAUAGAGGUUAGCUUCAGACAUUUGAUGCUGCAGAUCGGAAUGUGAAAUGUGGAGUGUGUGUGAAAGCGGGUGAGAGAGACUGUGCGAGUGUCGCUGGCUGGUUCCUGUUUGUGCGAGUAUAGACGUGUUUGAGUGUGCAACUGGGUUUAUGGGGACUUAUUUCAGUGAAUUUGUCUCCCCGCCCUAACAUGUCACCACAUCACUCCUUUAGGUGGAAGAAAAAUUCAAGCGAGAGGAGCUGGAGAGAAUUUUGGAAGAAAACAACCGAAAGAUUGCUGAUGCUCAGGCAAAGCUGGCUGAGGAUCAGCUACGUAUUGUGGAAGAACAAAGGAAGAUCCACGAGGAACGCAUGAAGCUAGAGCAGGAGAGGCAGAAACAACAGAAAGAGGAACAGAGGAUGAUAUUGGGGAAGGGCAAGUCCCGACCUCGUCUCUCCUUCACUCUCAAAGCAACAGAGUGACCUCUUCUCUUCUCUUCUCUUCUCUUCUCUUCUCUUCUCUUUGGAUGUGUGCUUCAUGUUGGAUGUGUGCUUCAUGUUGAAGUGAAUUGGAGUCUCAAAGAGAGCUCUGCCCUGUGCGCUCUGCCCACAAAAAAACAUUUGAAUCCUCACGCUUCAAAACCGGACUUGCAGUCACCACCACAGACUUACAGAUCAGCUGUCAUCUUUUGCUUUUUUCAGUGUGUUGUAUUGAUAUUUCACACCGUUACGCUG